GGGACCAGUGAAAGGUCAACGAGUGCGAAUACCGUAACCACAGCAAACAACGCUAGCAGUUUGAUAGAGCAAACUGUUGCCGACAAGCUGUUUUAGGCCUAGGCCUAUAUUGACGCCGCAUUGACAAACAGAACAGGCGACUUGCGACUGAGCCGAAAUGAGUGUUAAAAGUGUUCUAAGCGAGAUGGAGUGGGACGGUGGGAUGAAGGUUCCUGUAGCCAAUCAAGAGAAUAAAUUGCUGGAAGAUGAGGUCCAGCGCAACCAACAAGAGGCAGUGAGAUGUCAGGCAGAGUUGUCAGAGCAUGAGGACCGGGUGUUUGCUAUGUCAGAACACAUGAAGAAUGUGCAGCAGGAACUCAAUCAGACACAGGCGCUAAACCGUGCUCGAAACAACGAGUUGGAAACAGAGAAACACAUGAUGCUUGUGGCUGAGCGAGAGUGUGGUCGCUUGAAGCAAGAGAUCCAGCGACUGGAAAAUGAUUUGGCUGAUAUCAAAGAAAGGAGGAAUAUUCAUGAGAAUAUAAUCUUCAAGAACACCCAGAAGCUGGAGGAGUUGAAAUCCCAGCUGAAUUGGGACCAGCAGGCAUUGGAGGCCUGGCUGGAGGAAUCAGCGCGCAAAGAUGAAGAUGCUAUGACCUUGACUAAGUACACUAAGAUGGAUGAUGCUAAAAUCAAGGAACUCUCAUUACGAAUGGAGCGUAUGACUGAUGAAAGUCAUAAGAAGAGGAAACAAUUAGACCAUGAGAUGACAGAGACAUUAACUGCACAGUUGGAGUUGGACAAGACAGCUGAGGAGUUCCGCAGGGCACACAAUGAUCGUCAGGAGUUGAUCCGGCAAUGGGAGGCAACAAUUGAACAGAUGCAGAGACGAGACAAGGAGAUGGAUAUGUUAGCUGAUAAUCUGACGAAAGUCAAGGCAGAGGUGUAUGACCAUGAGAACAAUGUGAAGGAGAAACAACAGUUUUUGGAGAAUGAGGUUGAGAAUAACAAGGAACAACAGAAAAAGCUACAAGCAACAGACCGGGCAGCAGCUAAGCUGAGAUUAGACUACAGAGAUGCAGAGACACAACGUAUUCAGUUUCAGGAUGAGCUGGAAACUUUAAAGUUUACUGUGGCCAGAACAGCAACAGACUUGGAGGGGAUGAGACGACAAGUCAACGACUUAAAGAAAGAUGUGGAUGACAAGAAAAACAGGGUAGAGGAUGCCAAGGCUAAUCGUCAAGAUCUGACAGCUAAGCUAAAAGCCAUGUCAGAUGCCUCACUGUCAGCAGAGGAGCGGGCUGCUAUGAUGGACCGUCUCCUCAAGGAUGAAGAGGAAAGUCUUCAUCUCUUGGACCAGGAGCUCAAGAGACUGCGAGACCUGCAGUACAAGAAAGCCCAAGAGCUCUUUGAAGCCAAGACCACUGAGAAGAACACCCAAGCAGAGAUCCAAGGCUCCAAGGCAGCCAGUAGGAACCUAAGUAGCCGUAUCAACAAGCUUGACCAUGACUCCCUCAAACAACAAGAGAUAAUCUACAACCAGGAUUUCACUAUUCAACAAUUAGAGCGUCGCAUAGCUCGCAUCCAGGGUGAACGUAGCACAGAGGAAAUGGAUCAGCUAAACGCUCGUAUCAAGGAACUGACGGCUGUAUUGGAGGAGAAGAAUAAUACCUAUCAACUGGUGAAUACUCAGCUGAAACGACUGCAGGAUGACAUUCGUCGUGUGAAACGAGACUUGGACAAGAGUGGCACAGAGAAAGCUGAUUUGACUAGUAAGAUUGAGGAGCUCAACCUACACAACGAUAGCUCCCACAGGGAACUCAGACGCAUCAAUCUCAAGAAACAGGAUCUUAUGGUAGAGGAGAACAUCUUGAAGUUGGAGAUUAAACGAUUGAGGGACCAGCUGAAUUCUCGCGCUGAUGAUGUCUUCUCAUUGGAGAAACGUAGACUGCAACUAGAAACGGCAAUGAAGGAGCGCCAUCAUGAGAUUACAAUCCAUAAGGAAAUGUUGCAGGCACAGUUGAAGGCAGCUGAGGAAGAACGGAGCACCGUCAGUGCUGAGCUACAUGAACGUAUCACUAAAAUUGACAAGCUACGUAAGAGAUAUGAAAUCUUGAUGGUUUCCAUGGCUCCACCUGAAGGUGAAGAGGACCGUUCUCAGGCAUAUUAUGUCAUCAGGGCUGCACAAGAGAAGGAAGAGUUGCAGCGUAAGGGAGAUGAGCUGGAUGCUAAGAUCCGCAAAGCAGAGAAAGAAAUCAAAGCAUUGGAGAAUACACUACGCUUGAUGAAUGGACGCAAUGAGCAAUAUCGCAAGAGUUUCAACAGGGUGACUGAGACUAGUGAAGAAUAUGAGGAAAAACAGCGAUUAGAUGAACAGCUAAGGGCAGCCAUGGAUAAAUACAAAUACAAGAGACGACAGAUCCGUGAACUGCAGGAUGACUUGCAGACCAUGAGCAAUACCAUGGAAAACCUGAUACGGGAUCAGAAAGCAUAUGAAGAAAUGGUGGAAGAAAAGGAGAACAAGCAGCAGCAGAUGAUACGGGAGCAUGAGGAACAGAAAGCAAAGAUAGAGAGGGUAUCCAAGCAGAUAGCUCGUUAUGCCAGAGAAGUAAGAACAGCAAAGAAGAUCAAAGGAGAAUCUCAUGAAGAGAAAGAUUUUGCCUUGCGGGAGCUGAGAGAUUUCAACAAAAACAUGAGCAAGCAGAUUGGUGAGGUGAUUCACAGUCAUCCUGAUGUUAUUCCUACCACACAUAUGCUCUUCUCACAGGCUGGAUUGCCAGUGCCUCCUACACCAACUGGUAGUGCCAGGGGUUAUUCUAGGCCUGGAUCUGCAUACAGUGCUAGGAGUAGUGCAAGCCUUGGAUCACCCAAGACACCAUCCUCUGUCCGAAGUAGUGCAUCCAGUCGUGCCAGCAGUAAUGGAGCCAUCCCAACAGUUGAUCUGGGUGGUUUAGGUAUCUCAGGCAGUGGGGCCAGAACACCCACAUCAGCCCCCCGUUCACCCCUCCAAUCACCCCAGCAGGGUACCCCAGGCAGGACAGGAUCACGCCCACCCAGUGGAGCCAGCCAAACCAGUAUGCGCAGUGGGCGGAGUAGCAAGCACUAGAGAGCAUAAAUGUGGACAUGGGAUGUAUGGAACUGUUGGAACCGAAGGAGAUGGUGAAUUUCAUGCCAUCUGUGUGGAACAAAAAUCAAAAGGACAGACUGGUGGAAUCAAAGUGGGUGUCAACCAUGGAUACUCCAUGUAAUGACAGGAAUUACCACAGUUGUUCUCAGCUCAACAUCAUGUCACAAAACAAACGCUGUAAAGAAUUGUGUUACCAUACAAAGAAAAAUUGGCAAUUUCCAGAAUAUUUUCAUCAUCCAAAAUACUUCCAUUGGAACACUUCCAUUGAGUGAAAGGCUUGUUUUGCUAUAAAGAUGCCAUUGUAAACUUUGAUUGUACUUGUGUUGUAGUUUGUAUGACCAAGUAAAUUGGUCCAAUUGUACAUAGAGAUGUACAUCUUUUGAUGUGGAAUUUAUGGAUGUAUAGUGCCAUGGUACAUCAAUUCAGAUACAUGUACAUAUGAGCAUGUGUUACACUGCACUGGUAGGGGAGUUCUUAUGGCCCUUCCAAUUCUAAAUAAACGGCAGUAAUGGGCUAAAGUCUUUUUUAACUGGCACAACAUUUUCUGUGGACAGAAUUUGCUUGUAACAUGUUCAUGAAUUGUGAAACCAAUAGCUCUCUAAUCUACAAUAAAAUAAUUGUGCUCACUGUUGGCGAGA